CAUCCGGAUCUGCCCCAGACAUGAAAACAAACCCGACCCUGGAGCAUGUGCAUGGCCGUCUCACAUCUGCCUGCUGGGUUUGAGUGACAGGCCGCUCUGCUUGGAGGCGGCACAUUCCAGGGAGAGCUAACGAGAGCCUUUCGGCACACGGAGUCCCUUGACCGCGGGUCAUCUGUCCUCUCUCCUUGCCUGUCUUCCUCCCUCCUGCAAGGAAUAGCCAGGCAGGAGCCUUGCCUGGAGGAGGAAGGAAGGAAGGAAGGAAGGGUGGCGAUUCCUGGGGGCAAGGACCCGGUCUUCGCCUCUUCCUUUUCUCAAGGGCUUUGGGUGGCUUUGCCCUUGAGUGUCGCAGACCCCCUUCUGACCCCUUCCUUGCCUCUUGGAUGGACGGAUGAGCAGGGAUCGGGUCCCCUGCACUGGAGGUCUCAUGCUGCUCCUGGACCCCGUUGAGAGGAAGGACGAUGCAAGGCGGCGGUAAGAGAAGGGCGGAGGCCAAGGGCAGUGGGGCAGAGAGUCAGCUGUCACUCGACCCGCUCCGACGCUUUGUGGUGUUCUUGGAAAGUUUUGCACCCCUUGUGAAUUCUCUGAACCUUGGCAUUGCCAGCCCAUUUCUCUUGGGCCCUCCUCCUCCUUUGCAGCUUGCUCACAUUAAGACACAGUUGGCACUUCAGCAGUUGAACUCUGUUGCUUCAAGCCAGUCUGUCGCACCUUACGCUUUGCUCAAUGAGGCAUUCCUGAAGGCCGCCAUGUUUAACCCUAGAGGAAACAUGGCCCCCAGGCCAAGGAGGCCCAAUCCUCCCGGUCCCAUGCCACAGGGGCCUUUUCAGGGGCCCGGGCCAGGAGGUCUUCAGAGGCAGCACCCGGCGAGUCCUACGCACAGAAUGCCCCAAAGGUUUAUGGGACCAGACAUAAGGCCGGGGUUCCCAAGGCCAAAUGUUCCGGGCAACCAACACAGAAUGGACCCAAGGCAAAUGGGGCCGCCACCGACAAACGACGGGCACGCUCCUCAAUGGGACAAUCCUUUUCCCUCUGGAAAUAGUAACCAGGGCCAGCCUGGUCCUGGAAGGAUGGCAGAACCUAGCCCACCCGUUCAGAGGCGCUACACAAACGAGAGUGCCUCCAGCAUCUUGGCCAGCUUUGGCUUGUCGAAUGAAGACUUGGAAGAACUUAGUCGCUAUCCCGAUGACCAACUGACACCUGAAAACAUGCCUUUAAUCUUGAGGAAUAUCCGCAUGCGCAAGACGACUCGCCCGAUGCCCGGUUUGCCUCAGGACAGAGACAACAAGGAGAGCUUUCAUGGCGACGAUGGCCGGGGCCCCAUGGUGAAGGGCAAGGUCAUUGAUUAUGGCCACGAAAGCAAAUACGAAUAUGACGAAGGGCCGCUUGAGCUCAACGUCUACAGCUCAGACAUAGAAGCCGAGGAGAGUGCCAAGGAGUUUCAGGCCCCACACUCUGUGACCAGUAAGCAGAUGCACGCAGUGGAAGAGCUCAUCAGGCAGAUGGGGUUCCAGAGGGGCACGCCGAGCGGCCAGUCUUUCUUCCCCAUGGAUACCAAGCCGCCUGUCCCACCCAUGAUGCCUCCGGUGGUGCCCUCCGCCCCUCCGCCCAACAUGCCUCCUCCUCCGCCACCCAUUAUGCCACCAAUGAUGCCCGACAUGAGCCGGCCGCCACCCCCGUUUGUCCCCGAGGUGACGGGGGGCCUGAAGGACAGAACUCUUCAAGAAUCCAAGGCUUCUCACGGCCCCCGUGCGCCCGUCAGCAGCCAGAAGAAAUUCUCAAAAGAGACCGAGGGCCCCAUCUCCUCUCCUUUCGGAGUGGUGAAGGCCUCUUGGCUUCCGAAUUUCGCAGAAAUCAACGCCCAGAAGAUGAAGAGGCUCCCAACGCCGUCAAUGAUGAAUGACUACUAUGCCAUGUCUCCAAGAAUAUUUCCACAUAUAUGCUCACUCUGUAAUGUAGAAUUUAGACAUUUGCAGGACUGGAUCGAGCAUCAGAAUUCCUCAACCCACCUCGAGAGUUGCCGCCAGCUGCGCCAACAGUACCCAGACUGGAAUCCAGAAUCUCUUUCUUCACCAGAAAGACAUGAAAGCAGCAAGAAGGAGAACCACUCUCCCAAGCGACGUACUUCCGGUUCUAGCCCCAAGCGCUCCAGGCGCUCCAGUUCCAGCCAUGCCAGGCGCCGGACCCGAUCACGAUCCAGGAGCCCCCGCUAUUACAGGGCUGGGAAGCCAAGGAGCCGGAGCAGAGAGCGGAGCCGGAGCCGAAAGAGGAGCCGGAGCAGAGAGCGGAGCCGGAGCAGGAUGCCAAGCCGGAGCAGGGUGCGCAGCCGUAGCCCAAGGCGGCCAGACCGGUCGUGGUCUCCAGUCCGGUCAUGGACUUUCACCUCUAGUUACCUUCGGCGAUAUGAUACAAGGAAGGAGCUAGAAGCAUUGUCCCGCUCUGCAGACAGGGCCUCAGGAUCCACGGGGAGACGCUUGGGGACACACAAGCACGAGUCCUCCCGGACCUCUAGCCGAGAGAGUUCAGGAAAAAAGAGGGUGCCAGCAGAAGGAGAGAAGAAACCCUCCGGUAGUAGCACUUUGAAGACGGAGGCGGCCUCCGCGGAUGCUAAAGAAAAGCCCUCGGAUGCUGCCGGGGAGCCGAGCAAAGCAGGGACGGCAGCCCCGAGGAAGGAGAAGAAGAGCUCCCCUGUUCCUGAGAACUGGCUUUUGUCGAGUAAAGCCUGGAGUUGUGGCACAGUUCUUCACAUAUCGGACUUACCAGAUGACGGCUAUACAGAGCAAGAUAUCACAAAGAUUGUCCAGCCCUUUGGAAAAGUUAGCAGUAUCUUAGUGCUUCACUCUAAAAAAGAGGCCUACCUUGAAAUGAACUUUAAGGAGGCGGUGAUCGCGGCCGUCAAAUACGCGGAAACCACUCCAGUCCUGGUGAACGAGAAGCACGUGAAGAUAGAGGUGGCCGAAAAGUCCAAAGUGACUCCCAGUCAGAGCAAAGGAAGCCAGAAGAGCACCAAGAAGCCUCCUCCGAGCACAAAGAAAGACCAAACGAAGCCUGUGGCAAACCCGGACAAACCAACGGCUGCCGAAGCUGCUGCCUCCAAAGCCAGCGAUAAGAAGCCCGCCAAGACCCUUCCGAAGUCUGGGAAGACGAGCACAAGUGGGACUCAGAAGAAGCCUGCCGAGCCUAAAAAGCUUGCUGAGUCCAAGAAACCUGCCGAACCCAAGAAGGCUGCUGUCGAUGCCAAGAAUCCUGCUGUGAAACCGAAGAAGCCUCUGGAUUCCAGGAAGGCGGAGGAUGCCAAAAAACCCGUGAAGAGCAAAGUGGUGCUCCCCAAGAGAUCCUCCAAGCAUGAGAAGAAGACCGAGAAACCGAACCCUGCCUCAGAGAAAAAGGAGGAGAGCAAGGAAGCAAAGAAGAAAGCCAGUGAACCAGUCAAAGAGGUGGUGGAAGAGAGAUGCGUGGUGGCCAUUUCCAGCCUCCCGGAUGCCGGGCUCGGCCUGGAGGAAGUCCUGAACCUGACCAAGCCUUUUGGGAAACUGAAGGACAUCUUGAUUCUGUCUUCGCACAAGAAGGCUUACAUCGAGAUCAGCCGCAACGCAGCCGACCUGAUGGUGAAGUUCUACACCUGCUUCCCCAUGUGGGUCGAGAAGAACCAGCUCUCCAUCUCGUUGGUGCCCGAAUUCAAGGACCUGAAGGACGAGGAGGCCAUUUUCAUCUCUCUGAUCAAAGAGGCCAAUGCAGAGGUGAAGGUGGAAGGCCUGCACACGCAGUUUGUGCACUUGGGCAACCUGCCAGACAAGGGCUACUCCGAACUUGAGAUCCUUUGCGUCGGCCUCCGCUUUGGGCGGGUGGAUCACUACAUGGUCAUCGCCAAUAAAAACAAGGCCAUCCUUCAGCUGGACAGCGCUGAGUCGGCUGCGUCCAUGUGCCGCUUCCUCACAAAGUAUCCGUACAGCUUGGGAGACCUGGAGCUGACAUUCUGGCGGUCGCCACGCGUUGAGCCCUUGCCACCUGAAGUUUUGAAGAAACUGGCGAAAAAGCAAGAGCCGAAAAAAGCGAGCCCUGACACGAAAGCAAUUCCUGAAGGAUCCGCUGUCGUUCCUCCGUCCCUGGAAACGAAGGAAGAACCCAGCCGCGACCCGAAGGCCAAGGUGGAACUCUCGGGAGCCGCUUCAGAAUCGUUGAAGACCAAAACACCGGGAGAGGGCUCUGCAGUGGGAGCCCCCACUGCCGCGCCCGAGGUUCCGCCGGAUUUGCCCUCAUCCGGAGAAGACAAGACUGAAGAAGGAAAGCUUGGAGCAGCCCUUGCUCUCCCGUCCAGCAGCACAGAGAAGAAAGAAGACGCUCCAGCUCUCUCGUCAAGCACUAUGGAGAAGAAAGAAGAUGCUCCAGCUCUCUCGUCCAGCAGCUCGGAGAAGAAAGAAGACGUUCCAGCAGACUCUCAUGCUGAGUUACAGGGGAAUGCAGGGGCUUCGGCAGAAGGGAACACCAGUAAAGAAUUGGGUGCACCCACUGAUAAAGAACUGGCCAAAGGACUAUCUGGCGAGGCUCCAAGAGAAAGCUCUGGGGCUGAAGACUCUACGAUGGCAGCGGAAGGGGAAAAUCCCCAAGACGCUUCUGGCCUCGAGGCCGUUCCAGCAGCGCCUGCCGAAGCUCCAGCACAGGAACUGCCGGGGACUGAGCAGGUCUCAGAACACAAGCCGGCAGCGCCGGAAGCAGAAAAGAUUGAACCCUCCAUAGAUAUGUCAGAGACUCCUGUCUCUGAGGAGGCAGCCGUUGUAGAUAAGGAACCGGAGAGCAGUCUUUCUGCUCCUGAGCAGCACAUGGAGGUGGAAUCCGAGGCCGUUGUCGCGCAAACGCAGGAAGACAAGGCAGUGAAGGUUGCUUCACCGCCGGCCAAGGCAGAAGCAGCUGUCAAAGUGGAAGCUGAGGAAGGCCCAGCGUCGAAUAAUGGGGCCGCCAAGGAGGAGAAGUCUCAAAAGAACGCGAAGAAAGACAGUCCAGAACAAGCUCUCUCCAAGAAGAAGCCCAGCAAAGGACCAGCGCGAAGCAAAACGGAGGAAUCGAGGAAAGCGCCAGCGCCUGUGCCGGAACCCACCGCCGCGGAGGCUUCCUCAGCUAGCAAAACUAUCCUUAAGGCCUUGUUGUCUGUCCCGAACGUAGCGCAGAAAAGAGCCCCGUCACGAAGGAAGGCCGGGCACAACCCUGCCGUAAAGCCAGGGACCAGGAGCCAAGCGAGAAGGGAAGAACCCGUGGAACAUGGACCCAAGCGAGAACACAAGCGGUCGGCCUCAAGGGAAACGAGUCACGAGAGGCUCGCCAGCGCCCAGUCGGAUUUGCCGGACUAUAUCAAAUCUAAGCCGAGUGCGAGCUCUCUGGCGGCCUCUGAGUUAGGGAACGAGAAGACUCGGUCGCAGCCGGAGAAGGACCCCCAGGCAGACACUAAGGGUCCCCCCAAGCAGCGCCGGGAGCGGGAGAAUAGGUCCUCCAGCCUGAAGCGAGACAGCGGCGGCAGCAGCAACAAGGCAUCCGCUGGAAGGAGCACUCGAAGUUCUAGAAGCUCCACAAAACCAAAACAGGAAGAAGAGCUUUCCUCGUUCAAUUUGGAUGAGUUUGUCACAAUGGAUGAAGUCACAGAUGAAAUGGAUUCUCCUUCCCAGCUGAGGAGGAACCCUGCGAGAGGCAAACGCAAGGAGCCGGCCAGGAAGAAGGAGCCCUCCUACGAACCCAGCUCCAAGCGGAAGAAGAGCAAGGCCUCCGCGGCCGAGAGCGAGGUCUCCUUCGUAACGCUGGACGAAAUUGGCGAAGACGAGGGUGGGGCGGCCCAGGCAGAGCCCUCGGACGCCUUUCCGGACCCCCGGACGCUGGUCACGGUGGACGAAGUGAAUGAGGAGGAGGAGGAGGAGCUGAUGGAUGACAUGAUGGGGGACCCCCAGGCGCUGGUGACCUUGGACGAGAUCUCUGAGCAGGAAGAGCCGGCGCUCCAGGAAUCCCCCAAGAAGGCCCCAGAGCCUAGCAAAGCCAACCUGAAAGCAGAGCCUUUGGUCACUCUGGAUGAGAUCUCUGAGCAGGAAGAACCAGCCGUGCCAAAGGCCACGAAAGAGGCCACAGAGCCUUGCGAAGCUGACUUGAAAGCGGAGCCUUUAGUGACUCUGGAUGAGAUCUCUGAACAGGAAGAGCUGGCCACGCAGGAGGCCACAAAAGAGGCCACAGAGCCUAACAAAUCGGACCUGAAGGCAGAGCCUUUAGUGACUCUGGAUGAGAUCUCUGAACAGGAAGAGCUGGCUGUGCAGAAAGCCACAAAAGAGGCCACAGAACCUAGUGAAGUUGACCUGAAAGCAGAGCCUUUAGUCACUCUGGAUGAGAUCUCUGAACAGGAAGAACUGGCUGUGCAGGAGGCCACGAAAGAGGCCACAGAACCUAGCGAAGCUGACCUGAAAGUGGAGCCUUUAGUGACUUUGGAUGAGAUAUCUGAGCAAGAAGAGCCAGCAGUUCAGGAGGCCACGAAAGAGGCCUCUGCCUCAGGAGCUAGUGAAGCUGACCCGAAGGCAGAGCCUUCAGUGACCGUGGAUAAGAUCUCUGAACCAGAAGAGCGGGCGGUCCACGUGGCUGCUCAAGAGCCCUCCACCCCAGGAGCUGGCAAAGCUGGCCCGAAAGCAGAGCCUUUAGUGACUGUGGAUGAAGUCGGAGAAGUGGAAGAGCUCCCUCCGAACAAGGAGGAGCGUGGCAACAAGAAAGCCUCGAAGCCCCGGAAAGAGGAGAAGCAGGCCGCAGAGGAUCCUUCCCAGAUGCCGGAAGAUCCCGGCGCUCUCGUGACGGUGGAUGAGAUCCACGAAGACAGCGAGGACCAGCCGCUCAUGACCCUGGACGAAGUCACGGAGGACGAAGAAGACUUCAUGGAGGAUUUCAAUUGCCUGAAGGAGGAGUUUAACUUUGUCACUGUCGACGAGGUCGGGAGCGAAGAGGAGGAAGAGGAAGAAGAGGGCGCCUCUGCCAAUGGAAAAGUCGACGAGCCCGUUGCCCAGGCAGUGCCACAAAAAGAAGGAGAAGAAGGAGGAGAGGCACCAGCGCCAGCGGAUGAACCAGCAAAGGACGUGGGGUCCUCUUCCUCGUCGGAAGAAACGGCCGUUCCAGAGAGUUGCCGAACAGAAGAGGCAGCGGACGGUGAGAAGGAGAAGGAGGAAGAAAAGGAGGCGCCUGAGGCUCAGGCAGAGGAUCUCAAGAAAGAGCAGCCGGAUGCUGAAGAUGCAGAAAAAGAGGGGCAGGAAGCCACCUUAGAAGAUGAAGGGAAGGAGAAAGGAGGAGGAGAAGGAGACACAGCGAAGACCUGCGAGGCCCCUGAAGCAGGCAGGACUCCUGAGCUGCCAUCGGCAGAAGGAGCAGCACCACACGCGGAGGUUCCUAUGGAAACAGAGUCAGGGAGCCACGGGGAGGAGAGCGCUGGGCCCGAAGCAGCCGACAUGGAAGCCGGGGGGAGCUCAGCAUCCGCGCCAGAGGAGGAGGAGAAGGAGAAAGAGAAGGAAGCGGGAAACGAUGCACAGGCGCCUUCCAGGGAUGCUCCCGCAGAAGACGACACACCUGCAGAAGCCAAAGAACCCGAGGCCAGAGCCCCAUCCCCGGCUCAGGAUCCUGGCCCACUUCCGGAAGCUGCUUCGGAAAGCGGUGGCAAAGCAGCCCCUGCUGAGCCUCCUGAUGAAAAACCUGAGAAAGAUCUGGCCGGAUCCGAAUCCGAAGAGCCAGAGGCUAAACGCAGGAAAGUGGACUCUUCAGAGAAGCCCAAGGCCACAGGCCAGGGGAAAGGUCUAGACUUCCUGGUCCCGAAAGCCGGCUUCUUCUGCCAGAUGUGUUCCUCCUUCUGCGUGGACGAGGCAUCGAUGAAAAGCCAUUGUGAGACUGAGCUUCACCAGCAAAAUAUGGAGAAAUUCAUGAAGAGCAGCUCUGCGGAGGAGAAGGUGGAGAAGGCGGGAGGAGGAGGAAAGGAGGCCGAGAAGCCAAGCUCGGCAUGACGUCGCCUCCCCGGGUGUUCUUUUAGGGUCCAGUCCGCUCCGUGUCCUUUGUUUCAUGUUUUAGCCGUGUUUCUUUUUGCAGGCUGCCGCGUCGUGUGCGCCUCUUUCCCCUUGGAGGCCAAAACAGAAGUCAGUUGUCUGAGGAGGAUUUUUGGUUGCCCUUUGCAAGGAGGCUGGAAAUGUUUUAAGUAAAGGUUCUUAAUUGUA